CCGGUUCUCUUGUGAACUAACUCUAUUGAUUACUAAAACAAAAAGAAUUUGGCAAAAACAUUUGGGAUUGCUGCAAAGCUGCUGAAGAAUUCUAUUGUAAUCAUUAUAAGCAGCAAGCAUGGAUGUGAUUAACAAAUUCUAUUCGUCCGCCGUGCAAACCGUUUCGCAGCUUUCAGGCGUGUUGCCUGGAAAUAAUGUUACACGGGAAUAUGAAGUGUUGGACCAGAUAUGCACAGCGGGUGUGGGACUGAUGUGGAAGGUUUACAAUGGCCACAAGAAAAGCACCAAACAAGAAGUAUCUGUAUUUGUGUUUGAGAAAAAGGUACUAGAACGCUGGUCCAAAGACGACCGAGAGAUUAUGCUCGAGACGUUGCGCCGGGGCGUGCAGCAGCUAACGAAAAUUCGACAUCCACAUGUGCUCACCGUUCAGCAUCCGCUGGAAGAGAGUCGGGACUCAUUGGCUUUUGCCACAGAACCAGUAUUUGCAUCCCUCGCUAAUGUUGUUGGUGACUCGGUGCGGUCGGAGAAGAAGCUCUACGAUGUUGAGAUACGGCAUGGCUUGCUUCAACUGUUUGAUGGCCUCCAAUUUCUGCACAACGACGCUAAGAUUGUGCAUCGCAAUAUCAGCGCCGAAACGAUUGUGAUCAACAAGAACCGUAGCUGGAAACUGUUUGGCUUUGAUUUCUGCAUAGCUAAUCAGCCAGCAACAAAUGGUACACCUCACUGGCCUUGCAGGGAGUAUAGCACGUCACUUCAUGUACUGGCACAGCCCAGCUUAGAAUAUACAGCCCCAGAGUUGGCAUUGAACAGUGUAAACACGCCGGACAGUGACCUUUUCUCAUUAGGCGUGCUCAUAUUUACUAUUUACUCGGGAAAGCCGUUGAAAAUGUUUGGAAGUGAUUACAGUAGCUUUCGCCGUUACGCAAAUGAGUUGAAUCAGCGAAAGUACCCACCAAUGAAUACAAUACCGGGCGAACUGACAGAAAGCGUGAAAGCCCUGCUGCAUCCCAGCGCAAGCUUGCGGCCAAAGUUGCAUGAGCUAAAAACGAUUGCGUAUUUUCAGGACGUUGGCGUAAAGACACUAAGCUAUUUAGACUCCCUUUAUCAAUGGGACAAUCUACAGAAAUCAAAGUUCUAUAAGGGUCUGCCGCAGAUUAUACCUACCCUGCCCCAUCGAGUUAACUUACACUCGAUAUUACCCUACUUGAUAAAGGAGUUCGUCAACUCUCCCAUGAUACCAUUCGUUCUGCCCAAUGUUCUGCUGAUUGCCGAAAUGAGCAGCCAGCGAGAAUAUUGCGAUCACAUAUUACCGCAUUUGAAGCCCAUUUUUAAGCUAACGGAUCCCAUACAGAUUCUUUUGAUAUUCAUGCAAAAAAUGGAUUUACUUCUCAAACUAACGCCGGCAGAGGAGGUAAAGCAGAGUGUGCUGCCGCUGCUCUAUCGAUCACUGGAAUGCGACAUGCCACAAAUACAGGAGCUCUGCCUGGCUGUACUACCAACCUUUUCCACUCUCAUUGACUACAAUGCCAUGAAAAACUCAGUAAUUCCACGUAUCAAGAAACUCUGUCUACUCAGCAACAAUGUUUCGGUGAAGGUUAACUGUCUUAUAUCCAUUGGCAAACUAUUAGAGAACUUGGACAAGUGGCUGGUUCUAGAUGAGAUUCUGCCCUUUUUGCAGCAAAUACAAAGUCGCGAACCUGCAAUUAUAAUGGCUAUAAUAGGUAUUUAUAAAAUCGCUAUGACGAACACAAAGUUGGGCAUCACAAAAGACGUAAUGGCGCACAAAUGCAUACCGUUCCUUGUGCCACUGAGCGUGGAAAAUGGACUAACCAUAGCCCAAUUCAAUACGAUUGUGGCUCUAAUCAAAGAAAUGUUGGGAAGAGUGGAACAGGAGCAGCGUGAAAAACUGCAGCAAUUGUCCACAAUUCAGAGAGACAACAAACCUAAGGAUGCUUCCGAGAUACUGGCCAAUGAAAUGGACAACAGUACGUUGUCACCUGCCGGCAGCAAUGGCAAUAAGAGUGAUGAUGAUAUGUUCUCCGGCUUCAGCGUGGGUCAGACAUCGCGCACUGUAACGCCAAAGCCUGUCGCUCCGGCACUUGCUCCUGUCAAAACUAAGGAACAGCUCAAAAUAACGCACAAUACAACGACGGAGACAGCACUUAAAACGGAUAUGCUCUCAUUAAUGCAAAGCAACAUGAGCAGCUUGAGCACUGUCCAGAGCCCACCAGCGGCAGCAGUAGCUACUCCACCUCAACUCGCGUUGCCCUACAAUGCCUGCGGUAAUAAUAGCAAUAAUUGGCAUAGCGCAAAUCCAUUGGUCAUGAAUCAUCAGCUAGCCUCGCCGCAGGCUAGCAGCAACAACAACUUCUCUUCGUUGGACGAUUUAGAUCCAUUUGGAUCCGGCGGUGGCGCCAGUCAGAUUGCCAAACCGAAUAAUGCUAAUAGUGCCAAUAUGUAUACGUUGCAGCAACCCACUGUCAACUAUAUCUAUCCGACGGGUUACAACUCGAUAAAUAGUAUAAACAGCAUGCAACCUGGCAUCGGUGUUAGCAAGCCAAUGAAUCUGGGUGCAGUUGCCACAACAACGCCCACAUUAAUGCCACAGAUGACUCAGUCUGCGGAUAGUAAAAAUCUAAACACUUUGUCUCAACAGGACAUACUCAACUUCUUGAAUUAGACACAUCACAACGGCCGCAUGCAGCCUAAUUGCCAAAUGUUUUAAAUAACCAUUCCAUACUAUAUAUCCAUAUAUA